CGCGCCGAAGAUAUCCGUUAUCGCAACAUGCUGCCGACGCAUGAACGGAAUGCAACCUCCGCAGGAUUCAAGCGGCUCCGUCUUGCGUGCUAAAUCUCCCCGCUCAGGCGGUCUCUUGCUGAGAAGUCAAAGACCGUACGCCAAGAAUGAUCUAGAGAGUCCUCUCGCCCGUGCUAGGCAGAUCUUCAUUCAAACAUGUCGGCUCUCGCGACCCAUCCAGCCCGGGGAGGGCUUCGCACCCUGGCCGCUCGGAGCUCCCGUCGAACAGCCCCCUCAUGCGUCACAAGCACCGGAGCUCUUCGAGCUUACUCAGCCAAGAAGGAUCCUUCCGAACCAUCUUUCCAAGGCCAGAUGCUUGAAAGCAUAAGCUCCCGUAUCGCCCGAGAAAGAGCAGAGCGCGAAAAGUUUGCGAGACAAAGGCUAGAAUCAGCAGGCACAAGAAGAUGGGCUACAACAUUUGUGGUCCUCUUUGCUGCGGGUUUCUCGUACUAUCUCGGCACGAAAUCUCCUCGCGACUUGGAUCCCGCCUCGACGCUACCGCUUGCUCUAUCGCGUGAAAUUAAACACAACAACGACAAAUCGAAUCUAGAGGCGGCUUGGUCUGAUUUUGUCGCCGUCGUGGGGAAAGAAAAUGUUAGCACUGUCGAAGAUGAUUUACAUACACACGCCAACUCGGACUGGUCGAGCUACCGCAAUGAGGAAUCGCAAAAGCCGGUUAUGGUCGUGUAUCCCGGAUCCACCGAAGAUGUUAGCAAAAUUAUGAAAAUAUGUCACGCCCGCCGGAUACCUGUAGUUGGAUACAGUGGAGGCACGAGCUUGGAAGGGCACUUCACUCCUACCCGAGGAGGUAUCUGCGUCGAUUUCAGGAGGAUGGACAAGAUCAUACAACUACACAAGGAUGAUAUGGAUGUCGUCGUUCAACCUGCAGUUGGCUGGGAACUUCUGAAUGACGAACUUGCCAAAGACAAUCUCUUCUUCCCUCCAGACCCAGGUCCAGGUGCUCAAAUUGGCGGCAUGAUCGGGACUGGAUGCAGUGGUACCAAUGCUUACCGGUAUGGUACUAUGCGAGAAUGGGUGCUGUCUCUCACUGUCGUCUUAGCAGACGGAACUAUCAUCAAGACCAGGCAACGACCACGAAAGAGCUCUGCUGGUUAUGAUCUGACCAAACUAUUCAUCGGAAGCGAGGGCACUCUUGGUUUGGUCACAGAGGCGACUCUGAAACUCACGACAAAACCGGCUAACACUAGUGUCGCUGUUUGUAGCUUUGGCACAAUUCGACAAGCAGCAGACUGCGUUUCGAGAGUCGUUGGGCAGGGCAUACCUGUUGCUGCAGUGGAAAUACUGGAUGACGAACAGAUGAAAUGUAUUAAUGAAGCCGGUACAACAUCAAAGACCUGGACAGAGGCGCCCACGCUCUUCUUCAAAUUUUCGGGGACCGAGCGAGGAGUCAAAGAGCAGAUAAGCAUUGUUAAAGACCUCGCCAAAAAGGCUGGCAGCGUAGGAUUUGAAUUUGCCAAGACUCAAGAAGAGCAAACCGAACUUUGGAGUGCUCGUAAGGAGGCUCUCUGGAGCACAAUGGCUGUGGCAAAACCAGGCGAAAAGGUUUGGACUGGGGAUGUGGCCGUACCAAUGAGCCGGCUAUCCCAACUCAUUGAAGAAACCAAGGAUGAUAUGAAGAAGAGUGGCAUGUACGGCACCAUUGUCGGCCACGUUGGCGAUGGAAACUUUCACAUUAUUCUCCUUUCCAAUGAGAAGCAACGUCAUGACGCCGAAGAAUUAGUCCACCGAAUGGUCAAAAGGGCAGUCGAGUUGGAAGGCACUGUGACUGGUGAACACGGCGUUGGUCUAGUGAAGCGUGACUACCUCCCACAUGAGCUUGGAGAGACCACUGUAGAUUUGAUGAGAAAGAUUAAACAGGCACUUGACCCUCAAUACCUACUCAAUUGCGACAAGGUAAUCAGGGUACAACGCCCAAAGCCUGGCGAGGUCCCUGAAUGGUGACACAUGUAAUCAUCCUGUAUAUUAACAGCAGAUGCCCGAUUACUGGCACUCUUGUAUACCAUGUCAUGCUUGUCAAACGCACCAUAUUGUCAAAUCAUGAUACCGAACACAUCACACUGAUUUGCAGCUUGAUUUGACGGACAUUUUCAAUGAGGAAUUAUAGGUGGCAC